UUCAAGGCGGCGUAAAACCAAACUCACUCUUUCCAAAUGUAGAUGACCAAUAACUACGCAAUAGUACCAGGUGGAUACCAGUUCAGUAUCAGUCGACCAUAAUUCUCCAAGUGCAUGUAUCCCCGUAGAAUUACACCAGUUCACAGUUAACGCAUUAGCACAACGUCUUGAAGAUUUUAUUCCUUCUCACCAACUGUACCCCCGUCGAUACAAUCAGUGUUCAAGCUGUCGUGGCGCGUUUUAUAAGGUAAGAAUUGCUCACAAUGGGCCACGAUAAGUGCAAGCUGUGGACUACGAUCAAUGGAGCUGCAUUCGUAGCCCACGAUGAAACGCCAUGGUCACGUCUCCCAACUGACUUUCCAGUCGGACCCCACACGCCAGACACACAGUUGACCACAACAUCAGAAUGUGGAACAGCAUAUUCCUGUUGGUCGCAAUCUCGCAGGGACUGACUGCAACAGAGCAUCAUGCAAACCCUGGAAGCGUAGACAGGAAAUCCUUAUCCGCAGAGAAUGCAUUUCAAAUCCUGGAGGACGCCCACAGAUUGAACCAGACCGAAUCUCACAAUGAAGCUCUGCAGGUGAUCCUUCUCAAUGGAGAUGUCAGUCUCGCUUCCUCUGGUGCAAGGGACAUUUGUUACGAAAGUUGGUUCGAAGUGGUCAGCUCGGAGUAUCUAGCGGCCACACCUGAGCAGGUGUUUAACGCGGCACUCACCUGGGCCGCGGCGGAAUGCGGGCGAAGGUCCAUGGAAGCAUCUCCUGCUAACAUGCGUGCUGUUCUGAGUAAAUCUUUAUAUGAAAUCAGAUUUGCCAAAAUGAACCAGUCAUUUCUUCUCAAAAGUGUGUUUCCUUCAGAGGUUUUGACUCAUGUGGAACAGAUGGCUGUACACGAUAUGGUUAGUUGUGAAAGUAGUAUCUUCCCCUUCCAAGAUAGACGUGACCCACUGAUGGACGUUUUCCUCCACAAAUCUCACAAAGACCCUGGGUUUUAUCUCUGCCCGUCUUCUGAUGGGAUUGAUGGGGAGACAUGGGAGAGUACGGAGUUCAAUACGGAUGACAGGACAUUGGAGUGUAGUAAGGAUGUGUGGAUGUAUGGAAUAUACACAUGGGGAGCUUUCGAGGAGGGGAGACAACCCCGGGAAUACGUCGUGUGGAUACGCAAGAGUGGAGGAGAAACCCUUAUCUGGGAAACCCUCCUGCCAACAAACACUUCAAGAAAUCCUUACUCUGACACCACAUCCGAACUGUACUUUGAUAAUCCAAUCAGAUUACAAAAGCACGUGUCAUAUGAUAUUGAUAUUACGUUGAUAAGCGGGGAGUUACCAGAAUUUUGUGGCGAGGGCCUUAUCUACGAAGCAAAGAUGAAACAGUUUGAAUUUAAGCUAUCGUUCCAAGCGAAAGCCAGGGGUUGUUGUCAAACAGCAGGGUAUAUAUUGGGUAGAAAGAGGAGUUCUGGUUUCGGUUGUAACUGACAGUGUAAAUGUGUAUGUUUAGUUUCACACUGAGUUUCUUAGCCAGUGAUUAAAACAUUUAAAACUUCGAAUAAAGUGUUAUUUUAAGCCAUCAUGAUUCAGAGAAGUAAACAAAUGAAAUGUUCUUCCUUAGAUAUCCUGACGACCGGGGUAGAAUAGAUCUUCAGCAACCCAUGCUUGCUGUCAAAAGCGAUUAUGCUUGUAGCCAAGUUACUCGGAAUAAAUGGAACACGUCCCGGUUGUGUGCACGGAUUGACAAUUAACAUUAGAUUCCCCGAUCACCAGAUCCGAACAUUUU